GGUGUCCGCCCACGUGCUGGUGGGGGACAGGGGAACAAUGGGGCCUUUGGUGAUUGUGCGGGAUCCACCCCCAGCUUCCCAGCGUGUCCCCUCUGCGGGCUGGAUCCGGGUGGCUGCUUGGGGGCAGGACGGGGGGCCCUGAAUGGGCCCCUUGUCUCAACGCUGGGUGUGGGCCAGGCUCCCCGGGCACACGGUGCCCUCGCCAGGCCUGGCCAGCCUCCGUGGCCUCCACCCCCAGCUGGCUGAGGAUGGGGCCCUGUGGGUGAGCAGGCCCCUCCCCGACAGCCUCGGCUCUGGCCCAGGCAGAAGAGGCAGGUAGGGAGAAGGACCCCGUCUAGUGGGGGAGGGGGGAAACAGCAGCCUACACUUCAGGAGAACCCUGGCCCCGACUAGGGGGGGACCUGCGGAGAGCGGGCUCCUGGAGGCAGACCUGGUUUGGACUCCCCACCCUGUAGCUCCCUAGAUUUACGACUUGGGCAGGUUCUUUGAUUUUUCUGAAUCUCAGCUUCUUCCUGCGUAAAAUGGCACCGGCAAUAAUAGCUACCUGAAGGGCAACGGGGAGGGUUACAUGACAUCAUACAUGGGAAAUGCCCAGGGAGUACCGGGUGCUCAAUCAAUGUUAGUUUACCUUCCUUGGAUUUGGGGGAAGGAGGGCCAAGGGUGCAAGGAUUGGUUCCGGGGGUCCUGGAAGGACCUUGGGGUUUGGGGUCAGGGCCAGGCAGGCUCUCACAAUGGACUAGAACUCUCCCUCCCCCUGGGUUCUCAUCCACUUUGAUUCCUCUCCCUGCCCCAGGGAGGGGAGGAAGGGCCUAGGAUGAGUCACCGGUGGGGGGGGGGAUCUUUCCUCCUGGAUUCUCUAUUUCUUUCCUCACUGCUGCGCUUGAAGCUCCCCAGAGACCCCUUAGGUGGCAGCCACUGGCCUGCAGCCUGUUGCCUUCCCCCUCCCCACUGAUCUAAAUGCUGGUUCUGCCCCCUACUUGGGGCUCGUCUAUCGGGAGAAAUGGCUGUGGUCUUGAGGUUCUUCCGAUGGAUUUGGCGCAAGAUUAGUCGCUGGGUUUUCUUCUGGAAACACAAAGCGAAGUCAACUAUCGUGGAAGGCACUGACUCCAAGAAAAAUGAGUUGAAGGUGGAGAAGACUUCCAAGAUGUCUGAGACUUUCAAGUCAGUUGAGUCCCCCAAGGAGGCUAAGGUCUCCAAGAUGGAUGUGUCCCCCAAGGUGGCUGACUCCUGUGUGUUGGCCAAGACCACCACGGAUGGGGCUGCGGUGGAGGCGGGCCGUGGGCGGAGAUCACUGUUGCAGCUGCCCCGGACUGCUGUCAAAUCUAUCUCCACGCUCAUGGUCUCUGCCCUGCAGUCUGGCUGGCAGAUGUGCAGCUGGAAGUCAUCUGUGAGUUCUACUUCAGUUGCCUCCCAGAUGAAGACUGGGUCCCCUUUGCAGUCGCGAGAGGCUGAGAUGCUGCGGGAAGUGUACCUGGUGCUGUGGGCCAUUCGGAAACAACUGCGGCAGCUGGCCCGCAGGCAGGAGAGGAGGCGCCGGCGCCACAUCCGGGCCCAUACCUGCCCCCAGCCUGACCCAGUUCAGGGCCUGAAACAGGAUGCUCGGAGUCCCCUCUAGGGGGGAAGCCCACAUCCUCAGAAAGCCCCCACCUCACUCUUAGGUAAGGGUGAUUGGACAGGUUAGGUCAGCAGGCCAGGAGUUGUGGGUGAGGAGAAGUUUUCAUACUGUGAUGUCUCAUCGGGACCCCAAGUCCUGGCCUGGGGUCCCACACACUCCCCUUCAUUCCAUUAUCAAAAUGUUGGGGAAUAAAUAUCAGAUAUUUCUGAGUA